GGCUCCACCUCUCCCCGGCUGCUUUCCUCUGAGCUUUUUACAUGUACAUAAUCCCUGAGUUGACCCAGAAAAUAGGCAGUCGUUUCAAGAUCUGAUGCGGCAGUCUUUGUGCACACCGUCCCCGCCUGAGCAUGAAGCGUAACUCAGUGGAAUAACCCAGUGUAAUCCGGAGAGGAGCUUCGCCCUGCAGAGGAACACUGCCUUUUUACGCACAGGAGCUGACGCCAAGUCGCGCAACUUUGUGGAAACGUAGAGGAAAAGGACAGGAGGCAUGGCAGACCAUCUGAUGAUGCCCAUGAAUCACAGCUCAGCGGGCGCCAGUCUCCACGGUUACAGGAUGGGCAUGAACGGCGGCCUGCAGGCGGGUCACCAGCAGCAUGCCAACCAGCAGGGCAUGCGGGCGCUGCCCAACGGCCAGAUGAUGCACUACGGUGGCGCCCAGGCCAACAUGGAGACCGCCAUGAGGCAGCGCCAGGGCAUGGUGGGCGGACCCAUGAACGGACAGCUGAACGGGGCCCAGAUGGGUCACCACCAGAUGACCUCUGGUAACAUGAUGUACAACGGCCAGCCCCAACAGCAGCAGCAUCAUCCCCAGCAGCAGCAGCAUCAUAUGCACCCACAGCAGCACCAGCAACAAGCCCAGCAUCCGCAGCAGCAGCAUCCACAUCCGCAGCAGCAGCAUCCGCAGCAGCAGCAGCAUCCGCAGCAGCAGCAUCCACAGCAGCAGCAUCCACAGCAGCAGCACCCCCAGCAGCAGCAGCAACAGUUCAUGAAUGGAGGGUUAACGUCCCAACAGCUCAUGGCCAGCAUGCAGCUGCAGAAACUCAACACCCAGUACCACGGACACCCACUGGGGCCUAUGGGUGGUAACCACAUGGGGCCCACCACACAGUAUCGUGUGAACCCUGCUCAGCUGGCUAACAUGCAGCACAUGGCUGGGCCGGCCCUGGCACUGAACGGCAUGGAUGCGGAUAUGAUUGACGAGGAGGUCCUGACCUCGCUGGUCAUGGAGCUGGGCCUGGACCGGGUCCAGGAGCUGCCAGAACUCUUCCUGGGCCAGAAUGAGUUUGACUUCAUUUCAGACUUUGUCAGCAAACAGCAGCCCAGCACCGUUAGUUGCUGAGAGGACCUGAUUUGCAAAGAGGCACAAACGGACACAGGAGAGUGAGAAUCGUCCAGGAUGGAUAACGGGUGCUCGUCUCUUCAAUUUUAAUUUUGGAGGCUCCUCCCUUUACAACUAAAGCGAGUUGAGGCGCAGGAUGCACAGAAGAGAACUUUGGAUAUCCGUGGUGAAUGCACAGUCUCACACGUGCUUGUGGCCAGGAGGUGGCUGGCGUCAAGGCCUGUUGUUCCACUUCUCCCAUUUCCUGGACAUGAAUGUACUAAAUGCUGAAAUUCUCUUAAAAAGCCACUUUGAACAAUGCUUUGACACUGUGUAGCUUCCAAGACUCCACGACAGUUUACCAGUAAAAAGGCGUAUUUAUUUAUUCCUGACUGAGAAAACUGAUAUAAAGAACAACCACGGUCUCCAUUAUGGGAACCCAGUGGCUUUAAUGAUUUUUAUUUUUAUUUCCUGAGAGUGAAUGGGGGAGGAAAUUAAUUUAAUUUCCCAUUCUGUUUGGCCUAAUAUUAAAAAUGAAAUGGUAAUCUAAAAGAAGCCUCUCUCAGUAAAGACAGACAACACAAGUACAUGUUAUGUCAUUUGAAUGGGAGUCUCAUUCAGAUUUUAAAAUGGUUCACUUUCGGUAAAGUGCUGCCUUUUUAGAUGUGAUGUUCUUGAAAAUCUACUGCUUGUACUGUAUGAAGCUGUAAAACUCCAACAUGUCCACACUGUUGUGUUCUAUUGGAGCUGUAGAACCGCCUUAAUCACGCAGAUUCUUAUUUAUUGGUUGUUUAUAUUGUCCCCUUUUUUUGUGGUCAAGAUGGGGGGAUGGUCUUUGUGAAAGGGGUUUUGAGGAUCAAUAAAGAUGGCCUGGUUAGAA